GUUUAUUUUAGGAACACUCAUUUCCGGAAACCGGCGACGUUGCAACUAAACAGAAAAGAAACCAAAAUGCCGACCGUAAUUGCAGAACAGAAAAAAUUCCCAACUGUCGACAACACAGAUGGUGUCUUAACAGAAGAAUUUCUAGAGGCAGCGUCUGGUGCUGCUGAGAUUGUCAAGUCAAUGGGCUCACAGUUUUCAAUGACAAGGGAUGAUAUGCUAGGAAAUAUAACGAAAGUGCGCACAAAGUUUGAUACAGAUCGGGAGAAAUUCCGCCAGUUAAAGGACCUGCUGCAGGAUGAGAAAGAUAAAAAAGAGGACAAGAACGACAAGUCUGGCACAGUUGGUGCUCUCUGGCUCAAACGAGGUCUGGAGUACCUGUGUGAGGUGUUUUGGGAAUUGAUCACAGAGCACGAGGCGAGCAAGCAACCUGGGGGGAAGUCAGACAGCGGGGCAGUUAAGGUUGCCUGCAGCAACGCCUACAAGAAAACGCUCACUAAACACCACAACAUGGCCACUAGGAUGAUUGUAAAGGGUGCUUUGAUGGUUUCCCCAUACAAGGAGACUCUGAUGACAAAUCUGGCCAAGGGCGAGAAAGGGAAGGAUGAUGAGGUUACAGAUGACUUGAAAGCCUAUGAGCCACCACUGCGAGCCUUUGUGAUCAUCGCGGGGAAACUGUUCAAUGAUUUUGGGCACAAAGAUGAUUGCAUUGAAUCUCACUAAUGACAUCCCCCUGCAAUGACUGUGUUCCUGGAAGAUGGCUGAAUAUUUAUUGUGCUAUUAAUGAAAUCUCAUAUAUGCAGAUAUAGUCACCAUUAGCUUAUUAGCUCAUUUGUUUUUGUUUGUUGAAGAAAAACAUCUAGGUUUUGUCAAAGCUUUGGUGUUAUCCGCAUCAUGGGUGGUGUCAUGUAAAAUCUUCAACCUUGGCCAAAAAAAUCUUGGACUAAGUUCACAUGUAAUGAUGUUACCAAUGACAAUAUGCACAUUUUUGGCUUGGUGCAUACAUGUCGCUGUAAGUUUUGUCAAGUUAUUGCCCUUGAAUGACUGAGGAAUACAGACAAGCAUUAAAGUCUACUGAUGUUGUUCUCGUUUGUUAUUUCUGUUUUAAAUACUGCUUUGUGGGUUGUUGUUUUGAUUCGUAGUACAAAGAUCCUUUACACACAUGAUACAUAAUUGAAAUGUAUGUUGUGUACUAUGCAUUUUUAUUAAAGCCCUAAGUUUUGUUUUGUUUUUGAAUGGAAAACAAUGGGUAUUUCUGCUGCCAUUGUGUUGAAAAUCUAUGAAAGAGUGGGUGUAAUUUACUUGAAAAUAAUUUCUGCUUUAAAUUCAUGUUUUUUUUAUAUUGAUAGUCAUUGAUUAAUUUUUGUACUUGUACAUAAACAUGUAUAUGAUCAUAUCUGAUCAUGAGAGGUUUUUUUUGUAAAACAUUAUCAUGCAAAUUUGAUUUUUGUAUGAAACAUCUAAAUGGUUACAUUCCUGUUGAAAAAUGGCAUACUUUUCGCCCUUUGCCCUGGCGUCAAUUUGUUUUUUAAAAUUCUUAAGAAUAAUAAGUUUAGUACUUUAUUUUAUUAUGCUGCAUUUCUUACUCUGUCUUGAUUUUAGCGAAUAUAAAUAAGUUGGUCUUGAUUAUCAUAUUAUAGAUAAUCUCAUUGCAUGGUCAAAAUCUCUUAAAGCUGCACUCUCACAGAUUGAACAUUUUGACAACUUUUUUAAUUUUUUGUCUUGAAACGAGCCAUUUUUUGCGAAAUGCAUGGAAACCUGUUAAAUAAGUUUGUUGACAGAAUAUUAGAUUGCAGAUUUUUAUUUUCAAGAUGUUUUAUGCAUUUUUCUUAAACCGUUAGUAACGGUUUAAGCCAUAAAACAUUUAAUUUUCGAACGGAAAUAUGAAAAUAUGCGAUCUGAUCUUUUGUCAGCAACCUUUUAUCAUUGGCUUGCAGGUAUUUACGCAAAAAUUUGCUCUUUCCAAAACAAAAAAUAAAGAAAGUUGUAAAAACAGUAUAUCUGUGAGAGUACAGCUUUAAGAAUGUCACAAUAACACUAACUUUACUAAAAUAAAAAUAUCGGGUUUAGCUUAAUCAUGUGAUUUAACAUGUUUCUAGAAAUAUGGGAUGCUUGUUUAAUUAUAGUGCUUAACUUUACUUACAUCAUGCAAUAAUUGGAUUAGAAAUGGAAAUGUGCAAUGGUUUAAACAAUCAUGUAUUAUAAAUAGGCAAUAAACAGGCACUCUUUGUACAAAAUGUUGUAGAACUGAUUUGUAUGACAUGAAAGUAUAUCACGCCUCCAACAUGAAUAACAUAAUGCCUUUGGUCUGGGUGGCUAAUCUUUAUAUCAUGUCACAAAAUGGCGUCUGUUUUUCCGAUUCCAAUGAAUUAAUGAAGCAUUUCCAAGUAAUGUUGGUGUCUUGAUGAAUGGAGGUUGUUGGGGAGAUAUAUACUUUACGGGGCUAGUAGGAGACCUGAUAUGGGAGUCAUUGUCACCCCCGAUAUGGUUUCCUUGUCCCGUAUAUCCUGUAUUGUGUCACCUACUGACCAUGUAACUUAUGAUAUUAGCAUUAAAAGUUAAAUGUGCUUGAUAAGAAAUUUGUGUUCAAAGUUCUUGAGAUGUUUGGAGAAAACAUGUUGAUUGCCUCCAUAACAGAUCAUUACAACCACAUUAUGAUCUCGCAAUUUUAAGAAUUAAAUCAUCUUUAAAAGAUGCUAUUUUUGGACUUAAUCUAGAAAAACAUGUUGUGUGUUUUGCAUGCAUAGUUAAUUUAUUCUGCUAGUGUACAUGUCAUAAUACAUGUUAAAUUAUGUUCCAUGUAUAUAAUGAAAUAACUGACCACAUGUAAAUUGUAGAAAUAAUUUAUAUAGAUUACAUAUAUUUUCAAAAGUGUGCUUUAUCAAAACAUAUCAUACAUGUCUAUUGUAAACAGAUUAUAAUGAAUGGGAUUAUUUAUUUUUUUUGGGGGGGGGGGUCGUCGCCGGGUCCGGACCGAUAGAGGUUCCAAAGUUUUAGAAGCCCUGAUAAUGAUAACGUAAAGAAUGAUUUAUAAUGUGAUAGUUUUACUUGCAUUGCUGGCUGUAUUGAUGAGUGAUAAUUUUAUGUUAUUAUUUAUUUUUGAUUUUCUGGUGGCUUAUAGAGAUUCAUCAGUGAAAUAAAAAUGAUAUUUCACUGUUUCAAACAGUGCAACAAUAUUUUGAUCAUUUUUACUGUUUUUGUAAUUUUAGCCCAAAUCAAACAUCAGAACAGGGCUGAGACACAAUUUCAUCAUAUCAAAAAUGAUCGUAUUUUUGCAUACAAUUUGGCUUUCUGAUAAACAACAAUUUACUAAUUGAAAAUUGUUUGUUUCUGUGUAAGAUGGUGAUCUACAUCAUGAACACCAAAAAUGAAUAUUUCAUUCGAGGUAUAUAUUAAAAUCUUACACUGAAACAAACUUUUAUCCACUUUAUAUAUAUAUACAUGAAAACACCAUCUCUGGUCGAUACAGCCACCUAUGAAAUUUGAAGUGUUCGGUAAAUGUUGUAACCUAUUACUCUCACCAAAAUGCUGGGUUAGUAUUGGUAGAUAAAUUGAAACCCACACUACGACAAAAUUAUACGAGGAAACUGGACCACAGUUGUAAAUGUCAUUAUGUAUUGCUCUUACCAAAAUGCUUCGCAAGAGUUGGAUGACAAAUUGAAACCCAUGCUGUAACAAAAUUGAAGAAGGUAACUGCACCACAGACUACGGUACUUGCUCAUAGCUUAUGAAUAGAUAUUAAAAUAUAGAACCUUUAUUCAUGCUUUUGCUUUGUUUAAAUUGUUUCAAGUACAUUUUUAAACUUCUUUAUGUCUGAUUUUCUUGAUAUUUUUUUGUUUCCAAAGCAUUUAUGAUUAUUUCAUGUAUUAUAAUUUGUAACUCUGCUUCACUGCAAUAAAGCUUAAUUUGUUUUGAAAUAAAGCGGUUACAAGUCGUU